AUGGGCUCCAUCGACCACCUUGAUAACGGCCGCCUCAAUGGCAAAGGUCUUAGCAAUGGCGCUUCAGACACAAACAUGGACUUCGAAGUGUUGAUUAUAGGCGGGGGCUUUAGUGGAUGCUACGCGCUUCACCACUUGCGCAAGCAGGGCUUCUCGGCGCACAUUGUGGAAGCCGGGUCUGCACUUGGAGGUGUUUGGCACUGGAACAGCUACCCUGGCGCGCGAGUUGAUUCGGAAGCGCCUUAUUACCAGCUGUCUGUCAGGGAAGCCUGGAAGGACUGGACGUGGACGGAGCGGUUCCCUGGACAUGAGGAGCUUAAGAGUUACUUUCGACACAUCGACAAAGCCCUCGACAUCUCCAAAGACGUAAGCUACAACACCGUCGUCGUAGGCGCGGAUUUUGAUACCGAGACGGCGAGGUGGAUCGUUAAAACGAACACUGGUCGAACCAUUACGUCGCGUUUCCUGAUCCCGGCGACCGGCAGCUCGAUGAAGCGGUACGAGCCUCAUUUCCCCGGCAAAGAGUCCUUCAGAGGCACCGUGGUGCACUCUGCAGCCUGGCCUAAAUCCGGCAUCGACUUUCGGAAUAAACGAGUUGCUAUUAUUGGGGCCGGAGCGACGGGUGUGCAAUGCGUGCAAGAGAUCGCGAAGCAGCCUGGCGUAGAGUUGACGGUGUACGUCCGCAACAUCAACAUAGCGGUCCCGAUGCAACAACGUGCGAUGUCGGAGCUUGAACAGCGCACCCUGAAGGCCAUCUAUGGACACUUGUUCACGGCAGCAAGAGAAAUCAAUCCAGGAAUCCCGUAUGACUACAACCCCAAAUCAACGGCAGAGACAACGCCCGAGGAAAGGGAAGCGUUGUGGGAGGAGUUGUGGCAACGGGGUGGGUUCAACUUCCAGACGGGCCAGUACACAGACUUUUUGUUGGACGAGGAGUCGAACCACUUGAUUUAUGACUUCUGGGCCAAGAAAACACGGGCGAGGAUUCGAAAUCCGGAGAAGAGAGCCAUCCUUGUUCCUGACAAGCAACCGUUUCCUAUAUCGACCAAGAGAAGCAGUCUGGAGCAGGACUAUUAUGAGUGUCUCGACCAAGACAACGUUGAGAUAGUGGAUGUGAAGAAGACAAGGAUCCGCGAUUGGACUGCACGAGGAAUCAUGACGGAGAAUGGGAGGGAGAGAGAGCAUGAUAUCAUCGUACUUGCGACAGGGUAUGAUAGCAUGACUGGUGCAUUGACCAGCAUGGGGCUACGUGGCAAAGACGGCGUUGAUUUGAAGGAAAGGUGGAAGGACGGCGUCUGGACAUAUCUAGGCCUCAUGGCUCGGGGGUGUCCUAACAUGUUUAUGAUAUAUGGGCCACAAGUAUUCACCAGAAGCUUACAAAAGACGGGUGUAGCUUCUACGGCUUUGACCAACGCGCCCCCGUUUAUCGAGCAACAGAUCGAGAUCAUAGCCGACUUCCUGGCCAAACUACGGAAGGAGAAGUCGGCCGAGGAACACUGGAAGAAAACCAUUCUGGCUAUCCACGAGGCGACACUCUUUCGCAUAUGUGACUCGUCGUGGUACAUCGGCGCCAAUAUUCCGGGCAAAAAGAAGGAGCAGCUGGUAUACGUCGGUGGGGUCCCUCAGUACAUCCAGUCUUGUCGGGAAGGUAUGAGCGACUGGGAGAACUUCGACGCUGUCAAAGAUGAAGGGCCCGAAAAGGACUCUGACGCCACCAGCGUUCUUCUGAAGAAUGAGAUCACUAUUUAG